AUGCGAAUCAAGAUGAGGCGGUCUCAGACUCCGCGGACCUAUAUGUCUUUUAUUCUGCUUGUUUGUCUCUGCGUACAAUGGCUCCCGGUUCUCGCUCUACCAUCCUCGGGCAAUUUCACAUCCACACCCACACGCUAUCAUCAUCGUCAUUAUCACCACUACCACCACCACCAUCGGCUGGAAAAACGUGUCCUCAGCCCACCUCUUCCCACGACAGAGUACGCAAAGACAAAGAUGAAGCCUGGAAGGCCGCAUAAGGAUAAAGCUAUAUUUUAUACAGCACAAACCCUAUUCUCGGGGCUUCACCUCAUUCAACGAUUUAAUGGCCAGGGGAUUUCUGACACUGACAAUGGCGAGAAAGUGAUGGACAUGGAGGGUGGCCCUUUUGCAGAAUCAACUAAGUUAUUUCUCAAUAACAAAGAUACCUGGAACGAUGAUGAGAAGGAUAUCGCUGUAGGCCAAGUGUCACGAGCAUUUGCUGAGCGUGCAAAAGGCAUUGUGCGAGUGGUAUUUCCAGAGGACUAUUCGCCUCAUAUCAGGCCCAACACCUGGACUGAAUACGAAUGGCCUGCGCUUCAAGAAAACCCGGACGUGACCAAGGUCCUUGCUUGGUGGGUGAAGAAAGGCGGAGACGAACCCAUGGGUGACGGCACGGAAAUCUGGCCGUGUGAUAUGACUACCGACCCUGGACGACAGCCGUUUUAG